ACCUUUGAAACGUAGGGCAACACUUUUUUGUAUAAACUAAAAAAAACGCAGUGUGUGUGUUUUCUAUUGUUAUUGUUUAUUAUGCAUUUGCUUGGCCCGGAAUUUGUUAAUUAAAUGUGCGCUACCUGCGCCCGGCAUGUAAUCAAUCGAAUCGAUCGAAAUGGGCGGCCAAACGAACGAGGGGCGUGGAGAUCGGCCCCGCCCCCUCCUCCGCCGCUGCCCCCACUCCCACUGUUGUUGUUGUUCUUGUUGUUCCUGACGCUGACGGCGACGUCGACUGCAACCUCGACUGCGGCAGAGGGACAGUCGGUGCAGUCGGAAAAUUCGGAGUCCCAGCCCCAAAAUCCAGAAUCAGCUAUCUCCGGAACCGGAACAACGUCAUGCCCGAGGAAAUGCAGCUGCCGGAACAUAUCGGAAAACAUCCAUAGUCUGCGGGUUCGCUGCGAUGAACAGCAGAUAGCCAACUGGCGGGAACUGGACUUUGGAGAGGAAAUACUUUCUUCCAUUGUCAGCAUCAAUGCCAGUAAGAACUCUAUUGCACUGAUUACUGCCAACGAUUUCGUUAACUUCACGGAACUCAAACGCUUGGAUCUGUCGUUCAAUCUCCUAACCGAACUGGACAAAGAAACCUUCAACAAUAGUCUGAGGCGUGUGGAGAAGCUGAAGCUGGCAGGGAAUGCCAUUAGCCACAUCUAUGAGGGCACUUUCGAUCAAAUGCCCAAGCUCAGGCAGCUCGAUCUGUCUGGAAAUCCCUUGGCCUGUGACUGCGGUUUAAUUUGGUUGAUUGCCUGGUCUAGCGCCCAAGAUGUGCGCCUCCAGCCUCCUCCAAAAUGCGAUUCCCCCGGUAACUUUCGUGGCAUGCCGCUGAAGAAACUGCGCGUGGGAAAGGACUUCCAUUGCGAGACGCUGCUGCAACCGUUGCUCGAGCUCAUUCCUAGUCAGAAUCAGGUGGCUUUCGAAGGAGAUGAACUGCAGCUGAAGUGCUACGCUCCACGGGUGGCUAUCGGAGUUCCCAGGGAGAGCGAGGAUCUGCCCACCAAGGCUUAUGUGUUCUGGGGCUGGUCGGAGAAGAUACGUGCCAAAAACUCCACCGAAGAUAUUAUCUAUCAAGACCCCACCAAGGUUUUCGGGGACGUGAACCUGGAGACGCGCCACUCCACGGACUCGGGCAUCCUGCAAUCUAUCCUGCGCAUAGCCAGCCUCACCCAAAACCACACAGGCAUGUGGGAUUGCACGCUGCGCAGCCAGCAGGCGAAUCUUUCGCAGGCCAUCGUACUCCAUGUGGUGGCUAAGGGCACGCUCUACUGUGAAGCCCGUGUGGUGCACACGAACAAGGGCACCUACCACUGGCCCAGGACGAUGCGGGGCGAGACUGUGCUGCAGGAGUGCGUAGAGGAGCCCAGCGAUGCCACCCAAGCCCGUCGAGCUUCGCAUGAGUGUGGACCGUCCGGAGAGUGGCUUAAUUUGGAUACCGAAAGUUGUGUUUAUGUCAGUGAAACCACACGCAUCCUGGAGCAGUUUGCCAAAGUGAAUCUCACCUUGACAAAGGGUCAAAAUGCUUUGGAGAUUGCCCGCCGUUUGCACAAUUUUACGCAGGCGCAGACUCAACUGAAUCGCAUACGAGAUCCCAUGGAUCUGGAGUACAUCGCCCGCACUUUAGUCAAGUAUUUGGAUCAACUGGCGCAACCGCAGCAGCAGCAGGAGAUCAGUCACCUGUUAAUGGACAUAGUUUCGCAGCUGCUCAACCUGCCUACGCAUCUAUUUCGAGCCGCACAAUCGGAGCAGGGAACUGGACAGCGGCUGCUCCAUGUGGUGGAAUCCUCGGCCAUGCGUUUGGCCCUGGCCAGCACCCAAGCAGAACCCCUGCCGGCGGAGAUGAUACCCUGGCGGGGAUCGCUGGCCCAGCAGCGAAACUUAUUCGUGGAGUUCUUCAACAUCAGCUUGGAUGCCUUCGUCAGCCUGUCCUGCGUUUGGCUGGAGCAGAGUCCGCGGGGUUUCCAGUGCAACAGCGCCAACGAUACGAUACCCAUGUACGAGCAUGGCGACAUCGAUGCCGCCAUCCAGCUGCCGUACAGCGUGAUCGGGAAUAGUUCUGCCAGCUCACCGACAGCCUCGCCGAUUCGCAGUCUCCGCUUGAUGAUCUCGCUGCACAGGAAUGGCAAACUGCUGCCCAAUCUGAGGGGAAGCUACAAUGAAUCCUUGUCGUCGGCCAUCAUUGGUAUACUGGCCUACAGCAGCGACGGAGAAGCUGUGCAGUUUAGAGCCGAAAACGAACUGGAUCCGGAGGAGGAUGUGUACCAGCAAAGGGUGACGGUGAUGCUGAGGGCCCACCCGUAUCACAAUCCACUGAGUGCGCCCCAACCCGCCUGGUGGGAUGCGGAGGAGCAGCGGUGGGAGCCGAGCGUUUGCCAGCAGCACUACCAGCAUCGCACUCUGGUCAUGUUCAGUUGCAGUCGCACGGGAUACUACGGCCUGCUCCAGAGGAGUCUGUAUCUGAACGAUUUCCGGAGCGAGGAAUCGGGCGCCAGGUUCCGGCAUCCACCAGCUGCGGUCUACGCCGGAUGUGGCCUACUCUUCGCCUGCUGCGCCUUCAAUGCGGUGACCUUUGCUGUCUUCGGAAGAGCGGUGCGCAUCAAUCGGGUGCAGCGGCAUGCCCUGGUCAACACCUGGCUGGCCCUGGGCGCUCUGGCUCUGGCCUUUUCGCUGGGCAUUUACCAAACGUCCAGUCAGCCACAGUGCCGCCUGCUGGGACUGCUGAUGCACUACCUCGGCCUGUGCGUGCUGCUCUGGGUUUGUGUGAGCCUGAGUAGCAUGUACAAGCGGCUGACCAAGACGACGAGCUCGGGACAGGGACAAUGCCAGGGCCAGGAUGUGGAACCGCAGAGGGAGCGCGAACGGAAGCCCAUACUGGGCAUAUACCUUGUGGGCUGGGGCAUCGCCCUGCUCAUUUGCGGCAUCAGCAGUGCCGUGAAUCUGGCGGAAUACGCAACCUACGACUUCUGCUUCCUGCACAGUGCCACCACCUUGAAUGCCCUCCUUGUGCCUGCCGUAAUCCUCGUGAUCUUCUGCGGCAUUUUGGCCUUGUGCAUCUACUACCAACUGAGCCAGCAGGCGGUGAAUGUGCUGCAGCUGCAAAUGCAACAGCAGCAGCAUCGUCAGUACUCGGACAACAACACCCAGGCCACGGAGCACAUCGAUCUGGAUUGGUUGGAUGCGAACGGCAGUGCCACCACGGCGGCGAUUGGAGGCGGUUCCAACAAUCACGGCGGUCGCAAGGAGCAGGAUCACAUGCAGGAGCAGUACAGUACGCUGAGCAAUCCGCUGAGCAGCAUUGUCGACGAUUUCGAGCGCUCGAAUCUUUCCCACUUGCGUGGUCACUUUAUAUUCCUGGUCUUGUAUGCCGGCGCCUGGCUAUCCGCCGCUGCCUACGUAAGUGGCGGCCAGGAGCUCUAUGUUAUAUCCUUUGCCGGCUGCUGUUCGUGUUUGGGCAUUUUCCUGCUGAUUUUCUACAACCUGAGCCGGAAUGAUGCGCGUCAGGCGUGGUCGCAGGGCAGAGAUGGACGCAGCCGGCCCACGAAACUGGUGACCUACAACAAUGGCAGCCAGGCGAGAUGCGCGCAUCCGUCGGGAAUAAUGCCCGGACCCGGAACGGCCAUGAUCAGCAACUCGAUUGUGGCCUACAAGGCGAAUCCCGGACCGGGCAGCUUGUAUGAGGCCAACAACUCGGCGGGAUCACGUUCGAAUAGCCAGUGCUCCAGGAGCAUGCGCAGCCAGACGAGGAGUCAAACGAGGAGCCAGCAGGAGCAGCUGCUUCAGGCGAAUGGAGCGAGUGGCGUUACGAUCAUAAACAACACCAGCGGCCAGCAAGGAUCGGGAAUCGGAGGUGGAGCAGCUGGCGGGGUAUCUGGUGGUGGGGCAGGAGCAGUGCCACCUCACAGCCUGAAUGCCCUGCUCCAUGGUUCCAGCCACGACCUCAUACCCUCGGCGGAGAUCUUCUACAAUCCCAACCAGAUCAACGUGGCCCGAAAGUUCUUCAAGAAGCAGAAGCGCCUGGCCAAGCGCAACAACUUCGAGCUGCAGCGCCAGACGAUGCCGCAGAUGCAGCUCCAGAUGCAGAUGCAAAUGCAGCUCCACAGCCAGCACAGCUUGAGCGAUGCCAGUUCGGAGCAGCUGUACAGUAGACACCACAAUGCGAUGACUCUGCUGGCGGGUGGCAGCAAGAUAAACAACACCAAUCUGCAUUACAAGAACCAGGGUUCGCCCAUGGCUGGAGCUCCCAAGGAACACGGAAUGGGCAUGGGUUCUGGAGGGGAUUCCAUGCAGUUUAAGCGUUUUGUGCCCGCCAGCGCCUCUUCGGCGUCCAAGAUCAUGCAGGCCAAUAUCUACACCAAUAUCCCGGAGACGUUGACUCCCCAGCACGAGGUGAUCAAACUGAGAGCCAAUGGUCGCACCAGGACCCCUUCCUUGUUGGAUGAAACGCUGCACGAGCAGGAUGACGACGAAGAGGAGGAGGAGGAACACGCGCAGGCGGCGGCCACGGUCGAGGAACCGGAGCCUGAGCUGGAGGAGGAAGAUGCCAGUUCCCUGGACGAACACGCUCCAUUGUAUGCCAACACCUUGCCACCAGCCAGCGGGAUGAGCAGCCUCUUCCGGAACCGAGGAUCCUCCCAUCAACCAAUCAGCUCCACGCCCGUCAAACAGCCCAGCUUGGAGGCCAUGAACAGCUUGGGCUUGCCGGAAGUCAGCCUCGAAGAGCCGCUCCUCCAGAAGCACGAGAUAUAUGUGUCCAACUCGCUGCAGGUCACGACCAAUAAUAGCAUCCAGUUGGAAGAUGACUUUCCCAGUGUCCUAAUCCGCUUCAGUCAGCAGCAACAAUCCAAGUCGCUGAAUAAUAUCAGUGAAAUGCUGGCCGGCGCGGGAGGCGUUAACUCGUCCGGAUUGGAUAGCCUGGGCGACCAGGAAGAUUCCGGCCAGCUGUCCGCCAACGAGGUCAGCACGCUGGAGGAGCAGCAGUUGCGUCAGGUGUACUCGUGCUCCAGCAGCAAUCUCAGCCAGCUAAAGGCGCACCAUCCGACGGCAUCGGUGGACACGGAGGACGAUGGCCGCCUGCUGUCCGGCAGUCCGACGAACGAGAGCGAUCUGAACUACCAGAACUCGGAGAUCAGCAUCCGUAGUCAUGGACUGUAUGCUCCCCAGGCGGACAACGAUCUGAAUCUGACCUUAACCGAUGAUUUCCGCUGCUAUCAAUCCUCGAAUGCCAGCGAUGCGGAUGUGGAUGUGCUGAACGAGUUCGACGAUGAGUUCGUGGCCGCCACGGGAGGUGAGCGGGUGGCUGGAGAUCCCGAGCAGGAUCACCAUCACGAUCACGACCAGGACACCUCCAUCGAUGAGCUGUACGAGGCCAUCAAAUGCCGCAGUCCGUUGAGGAGCAAACAGGAGACCAUCGAGCGUUUCGAAAGAGAAAGAGAGCGAGAACGUGAGAAGGAGAUGGAAGCCGCCAAGCCGCUGAGCAAUUCCCACAACGAAAAUCUCAACGAGACAAUAGAGGAUGAUAGCAGCCAGAGCAGCGUGAUCUCGUACAUCGAUCCCAGGGCCGCCAACGAGCCGCGCCCCUUUCCCAGCUAGCUCAACCCACUCAGCCCACCCCAGCCCCUAGUUAGAUGUAUAUAGAAUAUAUACAAGAUAUGUAGCACCCAGAAACCGGAAACCUACCCAGUCCUCCUCGCUUGGCCGGCAAUCGGAAGGUUAACGACGUGCCAAUGCCAAAGUAUUCCCGCACCAAGCUUUGUACCCCACCCACUGACACUCACUGAUGUAUGAUUUGUACUAUUAUAUGUCGAGAGUGCAUAUACCCUAAGUUCGCCCACUCAAAAUGCCGCUAACUGAACUUGUAAUUAUAGUAAGUCCCCCCUCCUUCCCACUAUUUAUUAUGACUAGUAUUACUCCACUGAGCCCACCCAGUUUCAUAUUCACCGGAGAAAAACUUCAUCCAACCAGAGUUCACUAGCUGAUCACUAGGCUAGAUCGUUCUGCAUUUCAUCAAAAUGGCUAGGAACCACCACGCCCCACCCCAAAUGUCCUACACACAUUUAAUAAAUUUUAAAUUUUGGUAAAGCAAAAUGCAUUUAAAUGUAGGCUAAGUUUA